CUUUGGCAGCAAAUCCUCUCUCUCUCUCUCUCUCUCUCUCUGUCUCUGUCUCUGAUAAACCCUAAAAAAUCGUCGUUAGGGUUUUACUAGUUCCAUGGAAGAUCACGAGGGCUUGAAUGCGCUAACAAGAGAAACUCCUCAAUUGGUAGCUCUAUUGAAAGAGAUGAAGGAUGGGUUGGAUGCGGUGAGGAGCAAAGUUCAAGCUUUAACCCUCAAGGUUAGAGAGAACCAGCUCUUAACUGCAGAUGGGAUGAGUUAUCUAGAAACCAAGCAUUUGCUUCUACUAAGUUAUUGUCAGUCUAUAGUCUACUAUUUACUUCGCAAGGCAAAAGGGUUAUCAAUUGAGGGCCAUCCAGUGGUCCAGACUCUUGUAGAAAUUAGAUUGUUUCUGGAAAAGAUUCGCCCAAUAGACAAGAAGCUGGAGUAUCAAGUUCAGAAGCUCACGAAGGCUGCUGGGAAUGUUGUAAAAGACAGUACAAUAUCCAGUACUGUAAAAGAGAAAGAAGGAGCUCAAAGUGGGGAUGAUCCUUCAAGGUUUCGUCCAAACCCCGACAUGCUUGUUCCCAAAACUAGCGAAGCUGAUCAGGCUGGCGGUCUAUAUGUACCCCCAAGAUUUGCUCCUACUAGUAUGGAUGACGAUAAGGAUAAGAUGUCCAAAGUAGAAAGGCAGGCCAAAAGACGGCAGAAAGAACUACUGCGAAUAUCUGAACAAAGUCCUUAUUGGAAAGAACUUAUGGAUAAUAUUCAGGACAAACCGGAAGAGCUACAAGAAUCGGUGGGACCUGAAAGCAGAGAGCUUUCAAGGUACCUUUCAAAGAGAGAGGAGCAAGAGAGACAGGAAGAAGAGCUUUUUAUUCGUGCUCCAACUACAAAGAGAGACAAAAAGCUAGAGAAGCACUUGAUGAAGUCGAGAAAUGGGUUGACUGGCUUGACGGAUGGGUUUGAUGAAGUGCUUAAAUUUCUACCCCAGAAAGAAAAUGAUGAUACAGAUAAUAUUCCCAGCAUGAAUGCGAGUAGAGGAAAAAGAUUUAAGAAACAGAAGAGAAAGCACUGAAGAGGAAUGAGCUGAGGAACUUUUGCCUUCCCCCCUCACCUUUUGUAAUACUUGGUUAUAUAAAAACUGUGAAGGGAUCCCAACGGUUUGUUCGACAACUUUGGUUUUCAUCACGAGAGGGCAUAGAGAGUUUUGAUGUAUUUACCAUUUGUUUUAAUUCUGGCAGGAGAGAACAAUUUGCUAUUCUGCCUGUACCAUAUGAUUGUUCUCAAUUCUAUGGUUUCUUGUGUCGAUCAUGUGUAUGAUCUGAAGCUUGUGUCUAAUGUUUGCGAGAUCAUUCUAUUGAAAGAUUAAAAAAAUGUGUUUAUGUUUGUCCAA